GGGAAGAGUAAUACAUAAACACUGAUAGGCCUGUACUCAAUCCCCUGUAAUCAUAUCUUCCUCCAAUACUCGAUUCUUUGCUCAAAAUGUCAGACCCCAGGAAAACAGUGGUGAACCCAGACUACGACCUCGACCAGCCCAUCACAUCAAAAGUCGGCCUCCGCCAAGGCCUCGCCUCCUACGGCGAUCCUCACUUCUCCCUCUUUCUCCGCAAGGUGUUCAUCAAAGCCCUCGGCUACAGUGAAGAUGCCCUCUCACGCCCCAUCAUUGGAAUCGUGAAUACAUACUCUAGCUUCAACCCCUGCCAUGCCAAUAUUCCUCAGCUCAUUGAUGCUGUAAAGAGGGGUGUUCAGCUCAAUGGCGGGUUGGCGAUUGACUUCCCUACUAUUAGUAUCCAUGAGAGCUUCUCAUCGCCGACGAGUAUGUAUUUGAGGAAUCUGAUGAGUAUGGAUACGGAGGAGAUGAUUGCCGCGCAGCCUUGUGAUGCUGUUGUGUUGAUUGGUGGUUGUGACAAGACUACACCUGCUCAACUGAUGGGAGGUAUCUCAGCAAACAAGCCCAUCCUUCAUCUUGUCACUGGCCCAAUGAUGCCCGGUAGUCAUCGCGGCGUGCGCAUCGGAGCUUGCACAGACUGUCGCAACAACUGGGCCAAGUACAGAGCAGGAACUCUUGAUAUCGAAGAUAUUUCCGCUAUCAACGAUGAGUUAGCACCAACUGGAGGAACUUGUGGUGUCAUGGGCACAGCAUCUACCAUGGCCUCCAUUCUCGUUGGACUCGGCAUGAUGCCUUUUGCUGGCGCCACUGCCCCAGCUGUAUCAGCAACAAGGUUGCGAAUUGCAGAAGCCACCGGAGGACUCGCAGUUGCAGCUUGCAAAGACGUUGAACGGCUGCGGCCGCAAGCUUUGCUCUCGCGGGAGUCGUUCUUAAACGCCAUCACGGUACUUCAGGCAAUCGGCGGUUCAACGAAUGCUGUAGUCCACCUGAUGGCUAUCAUCGGCCGCCACCCCAAGGUUGCGGGCACGAUAACAUUGGAGACCAUCGACGAGAUUGGUCGCAAGACACCGUUGCUGGUUGAUCUGAAACCAAGUGGUGAUAACUACAUGACAGACUUCCAUAACUCAGGUGGUAUGCUCGCUUUGUUCCAUGAACUCAAGCCUCUGCUUCAUCUCGAUGCAUUGACAGUCACGGGCCGAACACUAGGAGAAGAAAUUGCCCACAACUCUCUGAUCCCCGUUCCUCGAGAACUAAGUGUCAUUCAGCCAUUUGACAGGCCAUUAUAUCCAGCGUCUUCUUUGGUAGUGUUAAAAGGCAACCUGGCCCCAGGGGGCGCCAUCAUGAAAGCCAGUGCUUCCAAGUACAGAAAGCUAUUACAGCAUACCGGCAAAGCCGUCGUUUUCGCAAACUCUGCGGACAUGGCAGAGAGAAUCGAUGAUCCUGAUCUGGACGUGUCACCCGACAGUGUCCUGGUUCUCCAGAAUAUUGGCCCAAUUGGAAACCCCGGUAUGCCAGAGGCAGGCAUGAUCCCCAUCCCAAGAAAGAUUGCCUCUCAGGGAGUAUUGGAUAUGCUGCGUCUAUCAGACGGCCGCAUGAGUGGAACAGCAGGUGGAACAAUCGGCCUGCAUAUCUCCCCAGAAUCAGCAGAUCCCAACUCCCCGCUCGGUAUCGUCAGGAACGGCGAUCUCAUCACACUUGACGUCGAAAAGAGACAGCUCUCUGUCGAUCUAUCUGACGAAGAAAUAUCACAAAGGAUCCAGGAGAGACUCAAGAUCUUCCAGCAAGCUGAGGGUGCUGCCACACCAUGGGUGAAGAGGGAGAGAAUGAGAGGUUAUCGGGGCUUAUACAUGCGGAGCGUGAACCAGGCUGAGCUGGGAGCUGAUUUUGACUUUUUGACUGCAGAAGGGCCACAAAAGUCUCAAUACUAAUGAACAGGUUUAGAUUGAGUCUGUUGGAAUAAGGCCUUGGAACAAGUCGCGAACAAUGUUAUCCAGAUUUGUCGA